CGGUGUAGUCCGACGAGGACACUCGCGGCGGCCGCCGCAGUGGAGACCCCGGGAGUGAAGGGCGAACCGCGCGCGCAUGCGCGGAGACGUGUACGGGGGCGACCGCCGCGGAGCCCCUUCCCGGAGCCUGAAGGUCAUUGCUAGGAAGAACUCUGGGUACAACAAUGAACACAUUGUAUGCAAUGAUGGCUCGCAUCUUAAGAUCUCACCUGGUAAAUGCUGCAAUGAUUCCUAAUCGAAUGAAAAUGCUCCCGUAUCUUGGAGUCAUUAGAAAUAGGAUGAUGUCAACUCAUAAAUCAAAAAAGAAGAUGAGAGAAUACUAUAGGCUGCUGAACCUGGAUGAAGGAUGCUCUGCAGACGAUGUCAGGGAGUCUUUCCGUAAGCUUGCCAAGCAGUACCAUCCAGACGUUGGCUCCUCUACUGCUGACUCUGCAACAUUUAUAGAGAUUGAAGAAGCCUAUAGGAAGGUGCUUUCCCACGUGACAGAACAAACAAAUGCCAGACAGAAUAAAGUAGAAGAAGCAGAUGAAGAAGAAGGGAAAUUCAAAUAUAAAACACCCCAACACCGGCAUUAUUUAAGUUUUGAAGGUAUUGGUUUUGGAUCUCCAAGUCAACGAGAGAAGCAAUAUAGGCAAUUUAGAGCAGACCGUGCAACUGAGCAAGUGAUGGAAUAUCAAAAGCAGAAACUAUAUAGCCAGUAUUUCGCUGACAGUUUAACUGUUAAAGAUGUGAGACAAAGUAAAGAACAAAAGAUAACUCAAGCAAUAGAGCGUUUGGUGGAGGAUCUCAUUCAGGAAUCAAUGGCAAAAGGAGACUUUGAUAAUCUCAGUGGGAAAGGAAAACCUCUAAAAAAGUUUUCUGGCUGUUCAUAUAUUGAUCCCAUGACUCACAACCUGAACAGAAUAUUGAUAGAUAAUGGAUACCAACCAGAAUGGAUCCUAAUGCAAAAAGAAAUAAAGGAUACUAUUGAUCAACUCAGAGAGGCAAUUUUAGCAUCCAGAAAAAAACUUGGGAAUCCCAUGACAGCAAGUGAGCAGAAACAGUGGAACCAAGUGUGUGAGCAGUUUCAAGAAAACAUCAGAAAACUAAACAAGCGAAUUAAUGAUUUUAAUUUAAUUGUUCCCCUCCUAACCAGGCAAAAAGUCCAUUUUGAUGCACAGAAAGAAAUUGCCAGAGCCCAGGACAUAUAUGAAACCCUUAUAAAAACAAAAGAAGUCACAGAUAAAAACCCAGAUAACAAUGAUCAAGGAGAAGGGGAGAAAACAACAGGAGUCAAAACAGGUUUUUUCAACUGGAUGAAUAUGUGGAAAUUUACUAAAAUCUGACCAUUUCAACAGUCCUGCCCCCAAAUCAUUGUCAGUUGGACUGACAUCACAAAUAGAGGCUGAUAUUUAACACAGGAGUCUGAGAACUGUGUGCCUCAGUACUUUGCACAAACUAAUCUCAUCUCCAGUGACAUGUAAGGGAGAAGGCUAUCAGAAGCUGUGUCACAGAAAUGUUCAGCCAGCUUUGCUCUGGGAAUGUAGUAAGAAGAGAACUAAGGAAGCACUUUAAUCCAUUUCAGUGUUUAAUUGUCAGUCAUCAGGUGAAAUGAAUUUGGACAGGGACUCAGACUGGGAAUCAUAACGGGUAUUCCAAAUGUCUUAUUGCAGUUUUAAACUCUAAUAACUUAAAAACAGUUGCCAUUUGCCAACUUCAAACACAAGCACUUAACAACAAAAAGCCAAACAUAUAUUAUUAAAAGUCAUAAAAUUAAACAAGUGUGGGGAACAUAGGCAGGGAAAUCUCUAAAUGAUGUGUGUUUUCUGCAAGUUUGCUGCACUUAGACACCUGAGGCUAUUAAAGAUCUAAAUUGUUCCUGUUGUUGGGAUACUACAUGGGUGGAAAUGUUGCGAUCAGGAAAUUGGCCUAUGGAGUUACUGCACUGUUCUUUUUUAGAUAAAGCUCCUCUCUGUGGGUCCUGAAUUUAAAAAACAAAACAGAAAACAAAUACCUGAGUGGUACUUUGUACUUUUCCCUACCUAACUUCAUGAUUCAUUGGUUGCACAAAUUGGUCAGCCAAGCUGGUUGAUUUAGCUAUUCUAGAAAUAGUCUGCCAUGUCCACUUUUUAUUAGAGUUCUAGGUGCAUUUUGAGACCUUUCAGGAGUGGGAAGGGGGGAGGCGGAAACAACCCCUGGGCUCAGUGGAAACUUAAGAUGUCACUUGGGCUUCAACUCUACUCAGAAUGACGUGCUAGGUGUAUGUAACUCCACCCAAGGUCUCUCUGUGUCCUGUACGGACUCCCCAGCGGCUUUUUCAGCCCCGUGAAAAACCUCAAUUUACUGCCUUAGGGAUCUAAUUUCCUUAGGAACCCGUGAAAAAACAAAGACAAGAUGUCUGAAUUUUGUACCAGUUUGCUCCUUUGGCAAAUGACAAGAAUUUGGCAUUCAUGAAAUAUUGGUGCCCCGUCCACUUUUCAGCAAAUCUGACUUUUGUUUAAAAUUAAGCUUAUUGGAGUCACAUUAGUUACAGGAUAAUAAAGGUUUCGAGUGCACAUUUCUAUGCUACAUGGUCUGUAUAUUGCAUUGUGUGCCCACCACCCAAAGUCAAGUCAAAUCUAGGUUUUUCAUUUUGGUUUGUGUGACUGCUCCAGCCACAGGAUUGGGCCGCUGGGAGAGCGUCGAGAGUGGUCAAAGGGAGCAGGUUUCUUCCCUCGUUGAAGCCAGAGCACUGUGUUAUGGGUGCAGUUCAGACGCGUGGCACUUGCCACUCUCAUUUUGGAAGAACAGCUAUUUUGUACAGUACGUGAUAGUUAAAACUGCAUCUUCAAAAGGAAUUUUCAGGCCUUUUUGCUUAAAUCAUGGGGCAUUGAUUGCUAUAAUGUGAUUAUUUUGUUGAGCGAGUUAUUUGGCUUCUAGAAUGAUAGAAUUACUCUAAAGAAAAGCUAAGUUUCAAAACAUCUUAGAAGGCUACGGUUCUGUGAUUCUUGCUAAAUAGGGAAUUCAGUGUAUGACACCUAGUUGCAUUGCAGGAUCAUAUAUAAAGGAAACCAUCUUCAAUGUUGGAUAAAGGGAAAGUAAAAUUAUCAGAAAACUCUAGCAAACCCUUAAUUUUAGCAUAGUGCACUUUAUGUUUGUAAAUGUCCAUAAUAAUAAAGUGAAUUUU